GACAUAGCGGGGUCACGAGAAGUCCUGCUUGAAUUUGUUAUGGAGCCAAGACGAUCCAAGAGGCAACGUGUUGCUACGAAGAGGUACGACCAGAUACAAUUAGAAGAACCCAUGGUUUCAAAAUCAUUCUGGAGUGUGGUUGAAAAGCGACAAUUAUUAAAUGCAUUAAACAGAAUAGAAAACAAUGAAGACUAUGAAGGACUGUCAAAAUAUGUAAAAAAGAAAUCUCCGGAUGAGAUCAAAGCAUAUCUGAACUGUGUAAGGAGGAAAAAGAAAACGUCUGUUGGAAGUAGUCAUAAAAGUACAGUCACUGGCCCUCUACAGAAAUGGAUGUUACUAUGUCAAUGUCUAUGUGAUGAUUAUGAUGAAGCUAAUAAGACAGACUUGGGAAAGGUGAUGGCAAUUGCUGCAUUAGAAGCUAAAAAAGAUCAGGAAGAAGACUUGUCUCUACCAAACCCAAGUUACGAUAAAAUCUAUGAAUUCUUAAGUUGUUUACUCUUAGGCAAGGAUCCACCCAAUUUAUCACCAAUAGAUUCUUGGCUAGUGACUGAUCUUCUUGAAAACCUGGAAUCCAACAUCAAAAAUGCCGACACAAGAGAACAGCAAAUUUUUUUACGGAAAAGGCACAAAUUUUUAACUCAUAAAUUCAAAACUGGAAAAAACUUGAAAUUAGAUGAAGAGGCUGAACAACCUGUGGAUGCUUCAAACACGCCAACAGACACUGCAGCAUCGUCCAGUACAGCGGCAUUUGCAGACACCUUUUCAGACUUUUGUUCGGUAAAUUUGAGAUUACUAUCAGACAUAGCAACAGCAUUCAUGCCAAGAAUGGUUACAACUGCUGACUCUGAUCGAUCAGCCUCAUCAUCAAGCGACGGGGUAAAUGCCACAUCUACAUCAGGAUUGCCUCCUACAAUGCCAGGAAGUGAAACUAGCUCAACAUCUACAGCCACAAAUUCACUCAGGAACACAGACCAAGAAUCUGGGUCUUCAAAUACUCCACCUCCUGGUUUAGGAUCACUGAACCCUUUUGGCAUUCCAAUAAAAAUGUUGCAUUGCUUAAAAAAGUGAAAUGUAGACAGAUUAAUUAUAUUAAUUAACAUGCAAAUUUGUUUAUUUUAAA